AUGAUCACUCGUCGUCUAGCUUCAACGGUAACGACUUCACCUGGCGACAAAUCAACGAGGAAAAUUGUAUUAGUUGGUGCUGGAUUCUUGGGAUCAUACAUAGCUAAAGCGUUGGUCGCUGACCCAAGGAAUCGAGUCCUGCUCGUUUCGAGAAAUCCUCAAAAACUCCAUGCAAGUCUAUCACGUCUCGGGUCCCAGAUUCUUCCUCCACAGUCUACCGAUAUAACCUCGCCUGAAGCUCCCGAAUCGCUUAAAGAAGCGUUCAAAGAUGCUUCAGCUGUAGUAUCAAUGGUUGGACUUUUAGUAGGAUCAAACAAACAAAUGGACCUAGUCCAACGACAAGGAACAGAAUACGUAUCUCAAGCGGCUAAAGAAUCUGGUGUCAAAAGGGUUGUGGGCAUAAGUGCAAUUGGUGCUGAUGAAGGUGGAGUAACAGCUUACUGGAGGACAAAAGCUUUAGGCGAAAAAGCUAUAUUCGAAAAUCACCCUACUGCAACUAUCAUCAGACCUUCGAUAAUCUUCGGACCUGCAGACUCCUUUUUCAACCGAUUCGCAACUUUAGCUAAAUGGUUGCCUUUCUUACCUGUUUUCGGUGGUGGUCACGUCAGAUUCCAACCAGUAUAUGCCGGAGAUAUAGCUAGAGCAGUCGAGAUUUGUUGUCGUGAUGAGCCUGAGGUUGUGAGACAAGUAGGUGGAAAAGUUAUUGAGGCUGGUGGACCGGAUGUCUUCACAUACAGGCAAAUAAUGCAGCUCGUGCUUCGAUAUUCGGGAUAUGAGGGAAGUAGAGCGAUUAUAAGUCUCCCUUUCUGGGUAGGAAAGAUACAAGGGUUUUUCUUGGAGAAAUUACCAGAAAAUCUGUUUACUGUGACUCGAGAUCAAGUCGAACAACUACGUGAAGACAAUAUAGUAUCACCGGCGCCACCAAUGUAUUCCCUUUCUUUCCCGGAUUUACUGAAAGCUUUCCCAUCUUCAUUACCUUCUUCAGCACCGCCAGGAGAUGCAGGAUUAGCCAGUGUAGAAAAAGUUUUACCAACUUAUCUAGGUGUUCAAAAUAGGGAAGAAGGGAAAAGGACUCAUGGUAGAUCAGGUGGUCAAGGUUUGGAGGAUAUCAAGAAGAUGUCAGGGAUAGGGAAGAAAUGA